AUGGCAUCGUUGCCACUGGAGCUCAUACUUCAGAUACUUACCAUGUCUAUGCGAAGCGAACAACCGCAUCCUCAAUGUAGUAUUGAACUUAAACGUUUCGAUGAAUUCGGUCCUCACCUCGGGGCUAUACUCGAGGACGUUCGAGAGAAUGUUGAGGAUCUAAAGAACUUGGCGAAGACGUUCCGCGGAGAACAGUUACAGCCCCAGCACGACUGGUUGAUAGCAAACUCAGUGUGUCGUGCCUGGAAAGAGAUCGGCCCCCGAACGUUCUUUCAGGAGAAAGUGUUCCUCGUCGGCCCAAAUUUGAUGAAGGCGCUUGUCGACGACGACGAUUACUUACGGACUCCCGGCUGCAAAGACUUGACCAUGAAAAAUCUUCGGAACGUUAUUGUGCCUUUGAGAAAACACAAUAUUCGACCUUCACUGGAUCAAUGGAUGAGGUUGCCGGCUUUCAACCAUCUUACCGAGCUCGUGAGCUGUCGUCUCCUACCCAACGUAGGCACAGAGGAGAAAUUGGAAUACAUAUCAUUGAACAACACGUUCGAUGUGUCAUUACCGCGGAGGCUCCAGGAAGUCCUAGUGAACAUCGGCUUUGAUCUGGCUCGGCUCAAACCAAGAUUUUUAGUUUCCAGAUGCCGCUCUUUGACACAACGGAAGCUCAUGGAACUCUUCGCUCAGACGGAGCUGAAUCAGAUCGCAUCGAUGACAGGCGAAAUGAAACGACAUAGUCGCAGAACUGAAGAACCGACCAUAGAUGAUUGGAACAUAGCGCUAGAUGAAUACGAGACCUAUCUAGAAGAGUGCCCUGGUGGACCUAAUUUCAAUACCGAUUGA